AUGGCCCUUCUGAGGGACAGCGGGAUUGCCGUUCUGCCAUUCCUGGCUGCUUUCGAAGAAAAAAUUGAACAGUUACGAGCGAACAAGACACACAAAGGGUGUGUGUGUGUGCAGGAGACGCGCGUCGUCCACGGAGGAGGCUGCUGCGAGAUGGCCAUGUCCAAGUCGAUCAUGGAGAAGCUGAGCCACGUGGAGGGCAAGGAGCAGAUGGCCAUGGAGGCCUUCGGGAAGGCCCUGCAGCAGAUACCGACGAUCCUGGCGGACAACAGCGGCUACGACUCCGCCGAGUUGGUCGGCCAGCUGCGGGCCGCGCACGCCCGGGGCCAGAGCUCCCACGGCAUCGAGUUCACGACCGGCACGGUGGCGGACAUGGCGCCGCUGGGCAUCAUGGAGUCGUACAGGAGCAAGCUGUCCCAGCUCUGCUCGGCGGCAGAGGCCGCCGAGAUGAUCAUCCGGGUCGACAACGUCAUCAAGAACGCGCCCCGGCAGCGCGACGCUGCCUGCGGUGCUGCACAAGCCAAAGCAAGUAACAAGGAGACGUCCUCGCCGAAGGGCGGCUCUCGCUAUAGCGCCGGCCUCGUUCCCAACUCGCGUUGCUCGCCUCGGCGCUGGCUGCGCUCCCAGCUCGCGAUGCUCUCUCCAGCUGGCGACGCGUCAGACAUGGAAGCCAAAGCGCAGCGUCUCGCCGACGCGGCGGCCGCAGCCGCGAUGAGGCGCGCCGAGCUGAACACGGCCCGCCUCGCUGCGGUGGCCGAGGCGGCGCGCUCGCUGCUGGCGCGGCACGGGUCGCAGCGCCCCGCGAGGUGCGGCGCGGCCGACGCUGGCAGCCGCGAGUGGCUCGCCGAGGCGGAGGGGCUCCUCGCGGCCCUGGAGGACGUGGACGAGAUCACGCGGCGCCAGCAGCGGCAGGCCGCGCAUGCGCCUCCCGGGCCCGCCGCAGGGGACGCUGCCGCCGCAGGGGGCGCUGCCUCGGAG